UAUAUAAAUUCUUUCGCCAUUCUGCACUAACCUCACUCUUGCUCAAAACCCUCUCUUUCUCUCUCUAAAACUCACGACUAUGGAGGACGACGAUGAGUUCGGGGAUCUUUACACGGACGUUCUCCGGCCCCUCACGGCGUCGGUUCAGUCUCAGCCGGGGAAAAUCGAUGCCCCCGCUACGUCUCAGAGCCGCCCGAUCGAUCCGAGCAUCAACAGCGACGAUGAGGAGAUUCUUUACGGAGCUUCCGAUUUGAAGAAUUUAGUUUCCAAUUCCGGUAUUGGUUUGAAAUUGAAUGCCUCAAUUCAAGAGAAAACCCUACCCCAAACAGGGGAACGAGGAGGGUUUGAUUUGAAUUUGUAUUCGAAUAAGGAGGCUUCGAGGAUUGCAGGUGCUGACCGUUUGGAGAUUGAACCUAUGGGUUUGGGGAAGGGCGAAGGUUCUGGGGGAGUGAAUUUCAUGGAGGAGGACGAUGAUCUUAAUAUCGUGCUGGAAGAGAGGGAAAAUAAAGAUGAUGAGUUGGUCGAGAAAGACGUUAAUUUUGUAGACAAACCGGAUAAUGUUUAUAGUUCAGCUGAACGAAACGAAACUACAGUCAAUUUCACGGGCCCAGGGGCUGUUGGGGAAAUGGGUUCAGAACAGAUGAUUCCAGGGCUCUCGGGGAAGAUGGAAAAUCACGGGGGUUCUAAUCUUGAGGAUGAGUGGGAGAGUGAUGAGAGUGAAGACGAUUUGCAAAUAGUGUUGAAUGAUAACAACCAUGGGCCGAUGGGGAUGGAAAGAAUGCCAGGAGGGGAUGAUGAGGAUGAUGAAGAUGGGGAGCCCUUGGUGAUUGUUGCAGAUAAUGGUGAUGUGGGCCACCAUCACCACCACCAGCAGAUGAUGAUGGAAGAACAAGAGUAUGCAGGAGAGGAAGGUGGACCUGGAGCAGAUGGGGAGAGGAAGGAGUUGGGUGACACGGCUAAGGCUAGUGGGGUAGGAGGUGCUGCUGCUCCGGCAGCUGUGCAGCCAAAGAUUGGGUACAGCAAUCACGUAUACCAUCAUCCUUUCCAUUCGCAGUUCAAGUAUGUGAGACCUGGUGCAGCGCCAAUACCGGGCGCAGCUCCUGUAACUCCUGGAGGAAUCCAAGGUCAAGUUCGUCCACCCGUUACUAUGGGUGCUGUAGCUGGACGUGGUAGAGGUGAUUGGCGUCCAGCUGGAAUAAAAGGCGCUGCCCCCAUGCAGAAAGGGUUUCCUGGCUAUGGAAUGCCUGCUUGGGGAGCUAAUGCAGCAGGACGUGGUUAUGGAAGUGGAUUAGAUUUCACUCUUCCAUCACACAAGACAAUAUUUGAAGUUGAUAUUGAUGGUUUUGAAGAAAAACCUUGGAGGCUUCCAGGCAUAGACAUGUCAGACUUUUUCAACUUUGGCUUGAAUGAGGAUAGUUGGAAAGAUUACUGCAAGCGGCUUGAACAACUCCGCCUCGAGACAAGUAUGCAAAGCAAGAUUCGUGUUUAUGAAAGUGGGAGAGCAGAGCAGGAUUACGAUCCAGAUCUUCCCCCAGAGCUUGCAGCAGCAGUAGGUAUCCAAGAAACUCCAUCUGAAAAUGCAAAUCCUGGAAAGCUGGAUGCUGGUCCAACCGACUUGGCAAGAGCAAGUGCACGUGGACGACCACCUGUUCAGCCUAUUGGCAGACCAAUACCAGUAGAAACUGGUUCCGGUGAUCGUCUUCCAUCCAUUGAUACCAGGCGUCCACGAAUGCAUGAUUCAGAUGCCAUUAUUGAGAUUGUCUGCCAGAGUUCGCCAGAAGAUGAUGAAAUGGCUGAACAACAAAUCAAUGAUCCGGCUGCAGAGGAUCUUGGCGGGGUGGAUGAAGUUGAUGACAUUAAGCAGGAUGAUGCCGACCGUAUUGGUCGUUUUUCACAUGCAUAUAAUGGUCAGAAUAGGGAAGUUGUUGCAAAAAGAGCACAGGUUAAGAGCAGCACAAGUCGUGCUGAGAUUGGGAGAGAGGAUGAUUUGCAUUUUGCAUCAGAAGCACCCGUGCAAUAUCAUCCUGAUAGGGAGAUUGGUAUCUCUCACGAGGAGAGUGACCGUAGGUCUACAAAGGGAAGAGGGCAUGUGAAAUCCCCUAAGAUGAAUGCUAGUGAAAAUAAUAGAGAAAAGCAGAUUGUGGAUGAUCAGAAUGAAUCAUUUGAUAGUGAAGAUGGUAAGCAAAAAUCAUCCUCUCGUGCCAUUGAAUCUGAUGGCGAGCAGGUGGUGACUGCUGGGGACGAGGCGAAUGAUGAAUCUGUACUGGAUGAUAAAAACUCUGAUAUGGAAAAAGAGGAAAUGGCUGUGGAUGCCCCAACCAAUGAUGCCCUUGGAGAUGGAAAAUUAAUGCAUUCUACAAACAAACAAAAAAUAAAUUCACUCGUCGAACCACUGUCCCAAGAACAUGACGACGGGGAAGACUCCAAGACAGCAAGGAGUAGUGAUAACAGCAAAGCAAGAUCAGGAAGUAGCAAGGAUCACCGGAAAUUCCAGGACAGUUUUGAGGAUGAAGUUCUUCAAGACAGGCACCAUGCUCGCACGGGUAACAUCAAGAGAGCAGUAGCAGAUGAGGAUACUGCUCGUAGAAAAAGUCGUCAUGAGAGAGAUGAACCUGGAAGGCACCACAUUGCCGUAAAAGGAAGAGAAGAUUCACAUUCACGUAGAAGUGGGGAUGUGACCUCUUCAGUGCACAGGCACAUGAAAGGUGAGAAUGCCGACUGGAGGAAGGAGAGUGAUAUAUCUGAAGGAAGCUGGCGCAGGAGAGAUGAAGAUCUUCAUGGGAGAAGGGCUAGAGUUGAAGACACUAGAAAGAGGGAGCAUGGUGGGGAAAUUGGCUCCAGAAACCGUGCUAAGGUUAGAGAAAGUGAGAGGAGUGCAAGAGAUGAACAUCACCAAUCAAGAAAGCAGGUUGAUAAUGGUAGUUGGAGGGGGGCAAAUAACAACCAAGAUAUGGGAUCAAGACAGAGAGACAGGGAUGAUAAUCUAAAAACUCGAAAUGAAAAAGUAGAUGAUCCUCACAACAAAAGAAGGAAAGAAGGGGCACAUAUAAAUUGGGACCAUGCUGAAAAGGAAGACAUCACCUAUAAUCACAGGGAAAGUAGUAGCAGUAGGAAGAGAGAAAAAGAUGAUAGCUCUGAUCAGUGGAAAAGAGACGAACAUGCGAAAGUGAAGGAUGAUGAUAUGCAUUAUGCCAGGCAAAAAGAAGAUGGAUCACUUAAGAAGGAGAGGGGUGAAAGGCAGAGAGAUGGUGAUGAGCGGCACAGGCUUAAAGAAUCACAUGAAGAAAUUUUAUCGAGGAGGGAGAGAGAAGAAACACGACCAGUCAUGAGAAGUGGGCGACCUGCUGAAGACAAGACGUGGUCCAGUCACUCACGAGGAAAGGAUGAAUACAAAGGAUCUGGAAGAGAAUACCAUCCAAAAGAUGUAGGCCGGCAUAGCGAUCAACUUAAGAGAAGGGAUCGAGUUGAAAAUGAAAGUUUUUUGCAGAACAGGGGCCAUGAGGAUAUGCAUGCACGUGGGAAUCAAGUCAGUAAUGAUAAAAAGAGGACAAGAUAUGAAAAAUCUGGCACAAGUGAUGAACGUGUUGUCUAUGCUUCUGAUACUUCUAGGCUGCAUGAACCUAGACAGAAGGAGAGUAGCAGAAAGAGUAAAGAAUCUGAAAGUGGAGAUCGCGGUUCCUUGAUCCCUUCUAAGAGGAAUCAGGACGAGCACAGUGGCCAGAUAAGUGAGACGGUUAACUUGAGAGGCAGAACUGAGCGAGAAAGUGGGGUGAAUGAUACCCGAAAGCAUCAAGAAGAGGCUUCAUCAGAUGACGAGCAGGCUGCAUCUAGGAGGGGACGUUCUAAAUUGGAACGUUGGACAAGCCAUAAAGAGAGGGAUUUUAAUGUCACCUCCACGUCAUCAUCUUCUUUGAAGAAGAAUAAAGAUGUGGAGACUUACAACAGUAGUGGUGCUUCUUUGGUUAGCAGAGUUCCCGAUGAACCUCCCAAAAAGGUGGAAGGCAAGCCACAGCCUUCAGUUGAUGAUAAGGACCCUGGUGGUGAAACGAAUAAUGCCAAUCCAAAAGUGAUGGAAGAUAAACACUUGGAUACAGUUGCAAAGUUGAAGAAGCGAAGUGAACGGUUUAAACUUCCUUUGCCUAGUGAAAAGGACACAGCACCACUAAAGAAAAUGGAGAGUGAACCUCUGCCGCCGCCACAAACAGAAAACCGCACAGAUUCAGAGAUCAAACCAGAGCGUCCGGCAAGAAAGAGGAGGUGGACUGGAAACUGAGUGGAAAGAGGUGUACGAACUUUGGUUGGACACUUGAUUUUCUUUGUGAAGAAGCAGCAUCUGCUGAGUUAUCUUUAAUUGUCAAAACAUCCUCGGUUAUAACUGGGGUUUAAAUUGUACUUUUACCAUAUAAUACAAAUCGAUAACCACGCUGCGGCCCUUAGCCUUAGUUUUUGUAUCUUGAGAAGUACACGUACAUAUACUUUUGAAAUGUAGCAUUAUACUAAGCUGCUGAUGGGGCACAGUAUGACUUAUUAUUCAUCUUCCUUUCAGCA